AUGAGAGAGACCAGGACUGAUAAGCAAAACCAGGAUCUGGUAAGUCAUGAACUUCAAAUGUGAGACUAAACCUUACUUAAACUAUUGUAUUGCCAGAUGCAUCUCCUGCAACUGAGGUCUUCUCAUAUGUGUAACCUACGAGUACAUUUUGGGCAUUGAUAUUCAGAUUUUGGUCAAAUUUGUUGCAGUCAUUACAUUGAAACUAUUCUCUCUUUUGUUACGCCAAGAGCCCAUGCCAGCUCUAAUGCCUGGACCCCCUCAAUGAACCAUCUUCAGAAAGACUAUCAGGAACUGCAGAAGAGACUGUAAAUGUAAGUUUCAGCUGCUGGAAAACUUUAAAUAGCAGAUGCUGUUGAUGGGCUAUUUUGGGUGGUAGACUGUGUACAUGUGUUAAUUUUUGUUCUUUUUUCCCCCCUCUAUUUUUUUUAUUCUUGUAGGUAACAUAUGAUUCUGAAGUUGAACCUUGGGUUCCUCUCAGUGGACAACAAAGUUUGUCAGGAGCAGAAAACUCUGUAAGUUUCAGCUGUGAGGUGGUGUUUAAGCAGUGAUUCUUUAGCAAUGCUUUCAAUAAUCUAGUCUGUAGCACUAACAUUAUAGAGAAAUAUUAACAAAUUAGCUUUUUGCUGGUAUCAGCCGGCCAGCUCAAGUUUUGUUGAGCAUUUUGUAAAUUGUAAUUGUGUGUUUAUAGUACUUGGUGUAGCAGCAGAAUAGGUUUAGUUGUAAAGUAGGAUGUGUGUGGGGUUUGUCACUGUUCAGAUCUUUUUGUUUAUUACAAAAUUAUAUUAUUAUAUAUUAUAAUUAUAUAUAAUAUUGUUUAAUUUGGUGGCCAGCAAUAGGUUAGGGAUAGUCAUGGUAACGCAAGUGGUGUGUUCCCGGGUGCUAAAACAACACCUGUAUCUCCCUGCCAACUGACCUCAUACUUCUAAUUUUGUGGUGUUGAGUAUCUCUUUAAUUAAGUUUGGAGGGAAGUCAACUGGUUGGAUGAGCAUCUCCCACAUGUUACAUCCUAUUGGUGGCGACUGUUGGUGGAUGAUGACUAUGCAUGUAACAAAGGUUAAUCAACACUUUGUAUUUUUUUUCCCCCUUUAACACAGAACCUGAAUGAAAAUUCCUCUCACAGCGACUCUGACAAUGGCUUUGAAGAUGCACAUGAUAACAGCCACAUUAAAGUAAGUAUACCAUACAGAAGUAGUUCUCAAACAUCUUGUUCUCAGUUCCCCCUUGUAAAUAACUUCUUCAGCCAUAAAGGCUCAUUCACACUGGGCACGAUAAAAAUAACAUUAGCGUUCACAUCAAUUACACAACGAUAUCGCGGAAUAAUUGAUGUGAACGGCUGCGAUAAGUGUAUCGUGCCCAUUGUGAAUGAGCCUUAACACCCUGAAGUACAUUGUUACUUUAUAGUAAGAUACAGUUCAUGCCUUGAGAGAAUACAUGGAUCUAUUAUAGGACAGAUUGAUUUUUUUAAAUUAUUUUUUUCAUUUUUACUUGGCGUAUUAAUGGGUUUUUAUUUUGUAAUCUGUUUCUCUAGGUAACCGAUGAUUCAGAACCUGAACCAUGGACUCCACUCAGUGGACAACAAAGUGCAUCAGGAGGAGCUGAAGUCUGUGUAAGUUUCAACUGUCUCCAUGUUUUCCAUCUCCUCGCCAACAUAGCAUCUGCUCUGUUUAUGUCUUUGAUUGUAAUGUUCCCAUUACAUUGA